UAUAGAAUUUACACCUCCAUUUGUUGUGUUGUCUUGCACUUCCCAAUGUUGAUGUCUCUAUGGCUCCAACGAACUGGUGUAUUUUGCAGCAAAUCUGAUGACAUGUAUGGAAAUGGCAUGAAAGUUACCCAGAUUACAUCUGGUGCAAAUGCAUCCGGAGCCUGGGGCCAGACUGGUGCUAACACUGCAAACUUUGUCCAGAGCUCUCUCCAACCUGAAGGCUUGCUGGGGGUGCCAUGUCACCUUCACACAUGCUGGGCCCUUUCAGAAAAGUGCCAGAUCGUGUCACUGGUGCUAUUUUUCAUGCUCUGGUACAAUGUGUAGCACCACGGGGGUCUCAGCUUUACCAAAAUCAAAAUUUCAUUUGUCGGCUAAUUGCAGAGGCAUUUCUUUUUUGCUCUCCUCCCACAGAAUUAUCGGCCAUCUAUUUGCAGGCCCUUUGCGGGAUUUCUUGGCUAUUUAUUUGCAGGCCUUUUCUCCCAGCCCCAGAUUCUUGGGUUGGCUCUGUCUGCUUAAAGAGCCUGUUUUUACAAAGCCGCACUCGGGUGCCUGUGUGCGCUGUCUCAUAUCCUACUGCCAGCCCUUCAGGACUCCGAGCCAGGAAAGAACUCUCCAGCCCCUGGCUCGAGACCCAUUUGUUUUCUCAUUCUUUUCCUAACUCUCCUCCUUCUAUUUCUGA